AUGUCGGUAAGAAUUCGUACGGCACCCGGUCCCGACAGAAUAAGACCAGAACACCUGAAGAACCUUCCGCCAGUACUCAUCAACACCCUGGCGAGGCUCUUUACACGUUACCUGUCGGAAUACAAAGUUCCUACACAGUGGAAGACCAGCAAGACCGUGUUGUUGUAUAAAAAGGGAGAUCCAUAUGACAUCGACAACUAUCACCCAAUCUGCUCACUCUCCGUCAUCUACAAGCUCGUUACAAGAGUGAUCCUUAAUAGGAUUGAAAAAGUUUUGGAUGAAGGACAGCCAUGCGAGCAAGCAGGGGUAUCACGAGAGUACAAGAUACCGCUCUGUCUCACUUUCAUCGACUUGAAGAAGGCCUUUGACUCAGUUGAGACGGAAGCGGUCGUGGGAGCCUUGGACAACCAAGGCGUCCCUAUUCAGUACAUAAAGGACGAUAGAAUUUCACCCAAAAUAUUCACAGCCACCCUCGAGAACGCAAUGCGAAAAUUGGAAUGGGACGACAUGGGAGUAAAGGUUGAUGGUCGGCAGCUACACCAUUUGCGCUUUGCUGACGACAUCGUACUGAUAACACCUAGCAUCAGCCAAGAGGAACGAAUGCUGACCGAAUUCGACGAAACAUGUAGAUGUACCGGUCUUGAGCUGAAUCUGCAAAAGAAGAUGUUCAUGCGCAAUGCAUGGGUCUCGGAUGCCCCAUUCACGCUCAACGGAACGAACAUAUCCGAAUGCACCAGCUACGUUUAUUUGGGUCGGGAGUUUAACAUGAUGAACAACCUGACCUCCGAACUAGGAGGAGGAGACGAGCGCUGUUUGGAGCGAAUAUUACUAAAUCAUCGGCUUACUCAAGAUCGCCGUGCUGGCGGUGUUAAAAUGACACCAACAAGACAUUACUCAAUUGUUCUUCGUGUCGACGGCAAGGCGUACGAAUUUCUCCGGAAUUCUAUUGGAGCGAAGCGCAUUGAGGAGGUAACCUCGAGGAAAGAGACGAAAAUGGCUCCGGAGUUCGGAAAAGCUAACUGCCAGAUCACGAAUACCGCUGUUACACUUCUGACAAUGAACACCUGGUCAAUCGUCGAUGGACCAAGGCGAACGUCGGCUUGUUCACCACUGGUGAUCAUUCCUUGCGUUCUCAUCUCCUCUAUGGCAGUGCUAGGUUUUUUGAUGCCUCCAGAAACUGGAGAAAAAAUCAACAUGAUAAUCACAACCUUAUUGAGCAUGGGAGUAUACCUACAAUCAAUUACGGAAUCGAUACCUCCUACUUCAGAAGCUGUCCCAUUAAUCGGCAUGUAUUACGCGUCGUCUCUACUUAUGGUCUGCUUGGCAACUUGUGUAAAUGUCAUUACACUUAAUAUGCAUAGGAAUGGAGCAGCUAACCAGGGAAGGCACGUUCCGUGCUGUUUGGAAAAGUGGGUUUUGGGGUACCUAGCCUCAUUAAUGCGAAUGUCCAUUCGGGAACCCGAUAGCCUAACAUUGUUAAAGACAGCUCAGACUAAAAAGUCCACGAUACGUCGUAGCUCAAUCCUUCGCGAUUUGAAAAGGGUCAAAAACACUGAACACCGCAAAGGAGUUCGGAGCUUGGCAGAGGUGGGAUGCGACUGCAUGGCACAGCUAGAGACUUCGGAGGGCUUAGGACUCAGAACUACCACUAAUAGUGACAUUGGGAAUGGUGAGGCUCGUCAUACCUCUGUUCCAUCAGAGAACGCAUUCAUGGAGCGGAUUGUCAGCGAGCAGAUUCUGCCGAGAAUGUCUCUUGGUCGUUCAGUUAUGCCCGAAGAAUUCAAAAAUCGACUUCGUCGAAUCUUGAAACGAAUAGAUAGAAGCUUGCAGCAACAAGAAAUCCGAGAAGAGAUAAUCGACGAAAGGCGACGCAUUCAGUGGCAAUGGCAACAGUUAGCCUCUGUGGUUGAUCGCCUCUUGCUUGUUCUCUUUUCGGUAGCGACUGUCUUCACAGCCACGUUUUUUCUCAUAUUGCCUGUCGGAUUGCGUGAAAAAGAACGUUUGGAAACCAUACAGUGA